AUGGGUGCGAGGCUCGCACAGGUGAUCUGUCUGGUUCUGUGCGUCUGGGCUCCGGGCUCCGCGCAGAUUCACUACGCGAUUCCGGAGGAGUUGGAGCACGGAGCUUUCGUUGGCAACAUCGCAGAGGAUCUUGGCUUUGACGUUGCAAAACUCUCGGCUCGAAGAUUUAGAAUUGUUUCUGGGGCAAGAAAACAUUAUUUAGACGUCAGUUUGGAAAACGGCAUUUUAUUUGUGAAUGAAAAGAUUGACCGCGAGGAGCUGUGCGAGCAGACGGUGAGCUGCUUUAUGCACCUGCAGGUAGUCAGUGAGAACCCACUCGAGCUGUACAGGGUGGAGGUUGAGAUUCUGGACGUGAACGACAAUUCCCCAAGCUUUCCCUGGAGCGAGUUUAACCUGGACGUAUCGGAAUCGGCGGCGCCCGGGUCGCGCUACCCGCUGGAGAGCGCGCAGGACCAGGACGCGGGAACAAACUCGCUCCGCUCAUACCUGCUGAGCGUAAACGAGCACUUUGCGCUGGAGGUCCAGGCGCGCAGCGACGGCAGUAAGUUCGCGGAGCUCGUCCUGCAGACGCCGCUGGACAGAGAGCGGCAGAAGACGCACCACAUGGUGCUGACCGCGGUGGACGGGGGCGCGCCGGAGAGGUCCGGGACCGCGCAGAUCACCGUCACUGUUCUGGACGCGAACGACAACGCUCCCGUUUUCGACCAGUCUUUUUACCGCGUGAGUUUGAUGGAGAACGUGCCCAGGGGCUUCCUGGUGAUUAAACUGAACGCCUCGGACCUGGACGAAGGUUCAAACGCGGACAUUUCAUAUUCGUUCAGCGGGCACGUGCCACUGCAAGUCCGUCAACUGUUCAGCGUGGACUCGUCAACGGGCGAAAUCAGAGUGAAAGGUACCGUGGAUUACGAAAAGGCGCGGAUCUACGAGAUAUACGUGCAAGCUAAAGACAAAGGUCCGUAUCCGGUUGCCGUGCACUGCAAGGUGCUGGUCAGCGUGUUGGAUACGAACGACAACCUCCCGGAGGUGAUCCUCACGUCAGUGUCCACGCCCGUGCGAGAGGACGCGCCCCCGGGCACAGUGAUCGCCGUCAUCAGCCUGAGGGACCGCGACUCCGGCGACAACGGGCACGUGGAGUGCCACAUCCCCCAAAACGUGCCCUUCCAGCUGCACUCGUCCUUCACCAACUACUACACUCUGAUCACCAGCGACUUCCUGGACCGAGAGAGCGUGCCCCAGUACAACCUCACCGUCACCGCCCGGGACCGCGGCUUCCCGCCGCUGUCCGCCAGCAGAACGGUGUCCGUUCAAGUGUCAGACAUCAACGACAACACGCCGCGCUUCCUGAAGCCGUCCUACGCGGUGUACGUGUCUGAGAACAACGCCCCCGGCGCCUCACUCUGCUCUGUGAGCGCGUCGGACCCGGACGCCGGUCAGAACGCGUUCCUGUCCUACUCCGUCCUGGAGGGCCGGAUCCAGGGAAUGCCGGCGUCCACCUACGUGUCCAUCAACUCGGACAGCGGCAGCAUCUACGCGCUGCGCUCCUUCGACCACGAGCAGCUGGCGGAGUUCCAGAUCGGCGUGGGAGCACGGGACGCGGGCGUGCCGGCGCUGAGCAGCCGCGUGACCGUCAGCGUCUUCGUUGUGGACCAGAACGACAACGCGCCCGUGAUCCUCUCCCCGCGCCCGCUCAACGGCUCCGCCCCGACGCGCACGCUGCCCCGCGCGGCCGCCGCCGGCCACCUGGUGGCCACGGUCACUGCUGUGGACGCAGACGUGGGGCAGAACUCCCGCCUCUCCUACCAGAUUCUCCAGGCCACGGACCUCAGCCUGUUCAGCGUGGCCCUGUACACGGGCGAGAUCCGGACGCUGCGCCGGGCGCUGGCCACGGACGCCGGCCGGCAGAGGCUGCUCGUCUCGGUGAAGGACAGCGGCCAGCCGCCCCUCUCCGCCACCGUCUCCAUCAUUCUGUCGCUUGUUGACGGCGCUCCGGAACCUGUCCCGGGGCCGGGGGACCUGUCCCUGCGCCCGCAGCGGCCCUCCCGCCUGACGCUGUACCUCAGCGUGUCCGUGGGCUGCGUGGUGCUGCUGCUCCUGGCCGGCCUCGCCCUCUCGGCGCUGAAACUCCGCAGACCUGGCCUCUCCCUCCGCCGCUGCUGCGGCCCCCGGCCCCAGGCGUCCGCAGGGGCCAAGAAGUCCAACCUGAAUGUGCAGGUCUCUGCAGCGUCCCGGGUCCCCACCAGCCUCAGCCUGCACAUCUCCACGGCGCCCAACAUGGCCGCCAGCAGGGCGGGGCGGGAUGGGACAGCACCAGGCCCACUCUCCACAGCCUACUGCUACAAAAUGUGUUUGACGCCGGAUUCCACACGGACCGACUUCAUGUUUCUGAAGCCAAACAGUGCGGGAAACAUUGCUCCUCAAAACAACGCACAGAACUGCGGCCCGGCAAACAGGACUCCCCAUGAGGGCGAGCUGUGCUCAACGCGUGUGGGCGUUAGGGCGUGGCCCGGUGGAGUCUGUGACACGGAGCGCGCGGCCUCUCCAGGGGCUGGGCAGUACUGGACCUGGGGCUGCCACAGGCCAGCGUGUGGGGUCGCCAUGAGCUCAGGGCCCCCCAGGUACGUCACCACGGCAACGCAGCACCCCCCCGAGCCACAACCUGACGACCAGCACAGCCCCGCCCCCGGCCAAUCACAGCUGGAUGUGAAGAACUCUUUCUCCACCUUUGGGAAGGAGGGCCACCGCCUGGGACACGCCCACAGACACGCCCACCCUGAAUAA